UUUUAGAAGAGAUAAAGAGUUCUGAAAAAAUUAAACAAUUCCAGCAUGCAAGUCAUAUUUUAAUGGGGAUCUUCAACAAUCCCAUUAAUAUAUAUGAUUCCACUGUGCACUCACUCCUUUCCUUAUGUCAAUGUUUGUUUAAUUAUACUAAACUUUAUUGUGAUCAUCUUGUCCUUGUCCAUAUCCACUAUUCUUUUUAAGGCAUCUUUAUAUGGCAUAAUUAUUAGAUGAUUAUUAUUGUUAGAAUUGUUUCUCCUACAUCUAAAUCAGUUCACAGUUAUUAAAUUUUAAUUUAAAAAAUGACACCAAAAUAUGCUUAGAAAUUAUGCUAAGUAUAAAUUAUCAAAAUGAGGCCAAGCCUAUGUUGACAUUUCAUCAAGAUUCUAUAAUGGUCAUUUUCCAUCAAGAAUAUAUAAUUCCCAGAGGGACGUUGCAUAUCCAAUAAACAAAUACGGUGAUGCUGUUGCCACUCGAAAGCUGCACCUCAAUAAUAAUCUUCCCCUAACAUAAUUAAGAAUAAUAGCUUCAAAUAUUAAUUAAGCUUUAGUUUUUGAGUGUUGAAAUUGAUUAAUAAUAACUCCAAACGAAUAAUCUGGAGAAUAUUGUGCAAACCAUGGAUAAGUAAAGAGAAACACAACACCAUUUCAUCAUCAAAACCAUUGCUAUUGUCUUUGUUUGUGUAAUCAUAGGAUUCACAUCUUCACUAAGACACGUUUAUGAAGUGGGUUUGAUUCUGAUAUUGUAUUUGUUUGGUUCAAUUCUGUGAUCCUUGCAUCAUUCUUUUAAUCUUCCAAAACCCACUUCCCAUUUCAACAGAGUUUUUGAAAAUUUUGACCUUUUUUUUUGUGGGUCAUCUUUCUGCCAUAUAUACCAAAGAUUUUAUAUGGUAUUAGGCACUGAAAAGUAGAUAUCUUUUUUGUUUUUGAAGUGGUGAAGAUAAAAUAGAUUGAUAUGGGAACAAAUAGCCAGGAGCAUGAAAUUUCAGAAGCAGGAUCUGAGGUAACAUAUCAGAUGGUGGAAAAUGAAGUCAGUGACGGUAGGAAAGGUGCAACCCACAAAUUUACAGCAGAAAGUUGCAAAUCAACCAGUAUGGUCAUAAAGAAAGGUCAUGCAAUGAUUCCUGCUCACAUCAUAGCUGAAGCAAUAUCAACUAUCCGCGAAAUUGAUCUUAGAUGGUCCGGUCCAAUCACACCGAAAGAAAUGGAAUAUGUUGAACAGUAUGUUCUAGCAAAGUAUCCAGAAUAUUCAAGGUUGAUUGAAGGAGAUGGAAAUGGGAUAGACAUGUCUACCUUUAUCAUCAAUGAGGAGCCUUUAGAUGAAAAGGGAAAGUCACCAAGAGGAACUCCUAGUCCCAGAGAUUCUUCUGUAUAUUCAUUUGGCAGUAGUUUACCUGAAUCUGAUAGGGCCAAGAUACAAUUGGAAUCAUCAAGGUUACUUGAUAUUCUCAACAAGAAAUCCUCUUUUCCCGGAAGCUUCAUCUCGAUCCCAGAAAUCCAAGCUCAAAAUAAGGUUUUGAAACAUUACGGUUUGACAGAUGAUGAGUAUCUUGUUCUCUUCACUCCGGGCUACAAGGAUGCGAUGAUGUUGGUAGGAGAAAGUUACCCUUUUGUUAAGGGAAACUACUACAUGACCAUUCUUGAUCAAGAAGAAGAUUAUAUAAAGGAAUUUGCUUUUUUUAAGGAGUCAAAGGUGAUCCCUGCACCAAAGACUUGGUUGGACUUGAGGAUUAAAGGGUCUCAACUGAGCCAAAACUUUAGGAGAAGGUGUAAAAUCAGCCCCAAAGGGCUAUUCACUUAUCCAGCAGAUGCUAGUGGAACAAUGCAUUGGAUCUCAGAGGCUCAUAGGAACCAUUGGCAUGUGCUACUUGAUGCAUCUGCCUAUGUAGUUGGAAAGGAUCGGCUCCAUCUCGCGCUUCACCGUCCCGAUUUUGUGAUAUGUAGUCUUGACAACAAUACUCAUUCCAACAACACUCAUUCCAAUCCUUCAAGAAUCACCUGUCUUUUAAUCAGAAAGGAAUCCUUUGACACCUCAGCCGCUUCGUCUCAGGUAGUUGAAUGAAUGUUAUUUGGGUGACAGAUGAAGUUUGCAAUGCAGAAAGGAACCGUGAAUUUUCCUGGCUUUCUAUGUAGAAUGAAUAAAUUAGUACAUACAAAUAGAAUACUACUUAUUGGUUACUGGUUUGGAUCCAUAUGUAUACCUAAAUCAUCUGGGUUAUUUGUAAUUUUAUGUUUAAACGAGGUUUUGGUUUGUCUAUUUUAACCAAAACCCAUAAUUUCUUAUCAGAUAAAUGGUUUUCAAGACUUUUUAUUUUAUGUCUUAAUAUAAACAUCUUAGCGCAAUUUGGAAGGUACCAAAUUGCAUGUUCCCCUA